UGUCUUGUUGUGACCUGUUUCAGAUUGUUGCUCAUUAUAUUUGAUUAAUCUUCCCGUUGUCCUGAAUAUUUAAUGUGAGAUGCCCAAAGUAGUUGGCAUCAGUUUUUCUUCUUUACUUCUUUUUCUUUUACUUUUUUAAAUCCACAAAUAACAGAAACAUGCAUUAAGUUUAUAAUCUUAACUUUCUUUGUUUGUUUGCUUCAGCAGGUGAAUGUCACACAGCUCCAGGAUGCUACUAACUUGCCCUUCACCUGGGGGCAUUUGACUCACCAAACAUGAUGAAGACCGAGCCCCCGUCAGCCACAGCGGGGGAUGGGGCCUCCGGCGGAAACAGCGGGAGUUCCAACCUGCGGAGUCCCUCCCCCCACAGAAACGCCUACGAGGCGGGCCUGGCAGCGCUGAAAAAGGCCACGGACCACCUCAACAACGCCGCCAACGGAGGCGCCGACCCCGCCUCGAAGCCUGCUCUCCUGCCCCGCCCGACCGGGAGGGGAAGGAAGUACGGAUCAAAUGUUCACCGCAUCAAGAACAUGUUCAUGCAGAUGCAGUCUCCUGGUGAUGAGGAGGAUGGUGCCAAAGUGAUAAGU